UCAACGUCAUUUCCGCUUGAUGGCCUGAAAAUGCAGGCGGCCAUAUUAUAUUAGAAAACACAUUCACGCAGUAGCUUAUUUACUCUGUUGAAGUGCAGAUCAAUUUUAAACAAAACUCUUUAGUUCAAGUUGAGGUGAUCGCGUGAGGAUGAGCGGCGGCACGCCGUAUAUCGGCAGUAAGAUCAGUUUGAUCAGUAAGGCGGAGAUUCGUUAUGAAGGCAUUCUCUACACCAUCGACACCGAGAACUCCACCGUCGCGCUCGCCAAAGUGCGCUCCUUCGGUACGGAGGACCGACCCACGGACCGUCCCAUCGCACCCAGAGAUGAGACAUUUGAGUACAUUAUAUUCAGAGGAAGUGACAUCAAGGACCUGACGGUGUGUGAACCUCCUAAACCAACAUGCUCUCUGCCUCAGGACCCCGCCAUUGUUCAGUCCUCUAUGGGAUCUUCUACUGCCCCACCAUCAUCUUUCCAGUCGGGGAACUCCUAUGGACUGUUCAACCGUCCACAAGUCACAGCUUACACCCCCUUCAACCCUGCCCCGCUGGUCUCACCUCAGUUUGGGACUGUUGGAGUCGGAAGUACUUUGGGAUUUUUUGGUAGUGACACUGGCAUGACUGCAGCACUGUCUCAGAGCAGUGCUAUUGCCUCUGCUUUCACCAGAGACACUCUGUGUGCAUUCACAGAAGAGGCAGUUUUAAGGCACCUGCAUGUAGAGGAAAAAUUAAGAGGUCACACCAGUCCGGCUCUUGACCCUCUCCGAAAAAGCCCCCCAGUGGAGCCUACUGCCCCAUCAGCACCUGCAGUCACCACCACUGCUCCCACGACAUUGGGCCGCAAGAGCCCUGUGUCAACUCGUGCAGCCUCCACCAAUACGCAGAUGCCUGUGGACCUCACAGAACAGAUGAGGGGUACUGAUGUCCCGAAACCAAGCGUACCAGAGUCCAGUCAGUCCAAAGGAGGAAACAGGGAUGCUACUAAACAGCUCGCAGCUAGUGGGAAUCCUGCUGCUCGCCGCGGUCGCGCUGGAGGUCAUCGAGGUAGAGGUCGAUUCCCUGUACGGAGAGAAGGACCUAUGAAGUUUGAUAAAGACUUUGACUUUGAGAGUGCCAAUGCUCAGUUCAACAAAGAAGAGAUUGACAAAGAGUUUCAGAGCAAACUCAAACUGAAAGAUGAGAAGCCCGAUAAAGCUUUGAAUGGCGAGGAUAAGGGUGAUUCAGGGGUCGACACUCAGAACAGUGAAGGAAACGCUGAGGAGGAAGAUCAUCUCGGACCAAAGUGCUACUAUGAUAAAUCCAAGUCCUUUUUUGACAACAUCUCCUGUGAUGAUACAAGGAAGGCGGCCGAGAGGUCUGGAGGAUCAGGUUUCCCCCGAGAGAGGAGGAAUACCUGGGCAGAAGAGCGGCGGAUGAAUGCAGAGACGUUUGGCAUCCCGUUAAGACGGGGUCGCGGAGGCUUCAGAGGUCGUGGCGGCAUGGGCUUCAGAGGGGGCCGGGGCCGUGGAUUCAGUCGGGGGUCGUUUGGAUCAUACCCUGGAGGAAGUGGGUUUAGAGGAGGAUUCAGAGGAAGUCAAGGAGGAAGAGAGUUCUCAGAUUUUGAAUACCGGAAGGAUAACAAAAUCGCUGCAUAGUGAACACAGGAAAUGGAUUCAGAAGACCUGACUUGUGUGGGAACUGCGUUUCAGGUCACAACGUGGAGAUAAAUGUACGUGUUGUAAAUCUGUCACCAGCACUGGGGUUCGACUGCUUGAAACCUGGAUAUUAAAGAAGCAUCUACUCUAUUUCUUCCUGAGGAGUGGAACACAUGCAAUCUUUCGAAUUGUUAAUUUGAGAAUAAUAUUUCAAGAUGGAUUCAAAUAUAUUAUGGUUUCUGAGGGACUUUUUUGUUGUUGACCUUCCAUGCUCAACCUGAAUUUGAUAUACUGCUGCUUACAGCUAACGGAUUAUCUAUAACGACACAUUGUGAUGAUUUUGAUCACUGAAUGAGCUUUAUUUUUGACUUGAUUUGCUAUAAAGUAUCUUACAGUGUAUUUGGCAUCAGAAUAGACCGCCUGGAAGUGAUAUUACCAUAUUUUUCUAAUGUAAUUUCAUUCUUCAACCCCCAAAAUCACUAUUCCUGUAGUAAGUAGGGAUUUUUAAAAAAAAAAAUAUAUAUAUAUAGAAACGUGGUACAUCUGACUUGGAUUUAUUUGGAUGUGUUCAUCCCUUGUAAGAGGUCUAUAGUUUAAAGUGAGCUUCCUCGAGCUUUGAGGCGAGUGUCAGUAUUGAUCGUUCACUAAAGGACAUUUUAGAUAAAAUGGAAAAAAAAAAGAAAAAAAAACACGGAAAUGCUGCGUUUGAGGGAAAUUACUUUUCGAAUAUGUAAUGGCACAAUUUCAACUAAAAUGACACGAUAUGGUCAACCAAUGCAAAGUGACUCAGCGAUAUGUUUAUAUAUUAUAUGGAUUUAUAUUUGAUGAGGUACACUUUGCAGCAUGUAGCACUUUGUAGCAGAUGUUCACUGAUGAGUGAAUGUCCAUCUUUACUUAGACAACAAUGCUACUCUGUGAAUCUACGAAAAUCUGUACUGCAGUUACUUUGACGACGUGUUUUGUCACUUUUGAGCUUUCGCCACUAACAGUUCUAUGGCUGUCGUUCAACAUCGAGGUCGUAUAUUCGUCACGUCGUAAAACUGACAUAUCUACACUGAGCCUAGAGCUCGCUGGGAAGUGAGUCGUUACGAUUCUUUUAGAUAUUUGAGAAGUUAAUUAAUUAGCGCUACUUCCUAGUGGGUCGUUUCUUCUGCUUUCUAUCUUUAAUGUGACCGGAAGCUGGAUAUGUUGUGUAGAAUUAUUAUGCAGGCGCCGUUUAGCUUUUCCCAUCUCUGCUGUGUUUAAUAAUCACUGACUGCACUAGCAUGAUGUCAUAGUGACACGUAACCUCAUGCAGCUUUACCUGACGUGCACAUCGUGAUGUCAUAUCCACACCUGUAGAUCACUCAAGAUGUCACUAUGUCGAGUUUUGUAAUCAACUUUAUUUUUGGUCUCGGACAUCUUUUCCUCGCAGUGAAUUGCUCAUGUUAGAUUGAUUUGUGUCACUAAAGUUGAAGGUUUGAUCUUUUAACGGGGCAGUUUUGAUUAUCCGUUCACUUCAGAUCUGGUUGUGUAGCGUAUGGUCAUGACAUCACUGCAAAAAUGUUUCGUCUUGUUAAAUGUUUGUUGAAACUGUUGGGAUAUUUGGGCAAGUUGAUGAUGAAAUAAACUUUGUUUUCAGAUUAUAUAUUAAAGUCUGUAAGACCCAAAACACUUUGAGUUUUGGUGUUUGUAUGAAAUAUCCUCUUGCACUUUUCAAGCUCUUAAAUUGAGAGAACAGACGCUUUGUUCCAGAAAUACACAUUUGAAUUUGACUAGAGUGAAUCAUCUGAAGCACAUGCAGUAAUGGAGCUGUGUGGAAUUAAUUGGUCAAUAUGAACAAUAUAUAGUAAAAUUAGGACCGUUACAGUAAAAGGAUCCAGCUUGUAUUAUUAGUUAGUUCGUUUAAUGCCCAUUUUAGAGACCAUGUAUUGCAGUUUUACAUUUGUGUAAAUUCCAGUUGUACAUUUUGUUCAAUGUUGGAACAGUAAUAUUCUCGUGUAAACAGGAAGUUGCUGCAUGCAGGUCUUGUCACAAACCACCAAUAUAGGCAGUGCUUGUGAGGCAAAUACUGUUCUGGAAAUGUCUUGUGAUAAACACACAAUCCUUCCUUCAGGGUGACACUUUCAUUUUGAACCUCAGCAUGGCAUCUGUUCAUAACUACAUGUAAAGAGGUUUUUACUAGAUGCAAGAAUAAAAUGUUUACUAUC